ACCUGCAUAACGAAGCAUCCCAUUCCCUCUCCUCCUUCUUCUUCUUCCCUUAUUCCCCCUCUCCUUCGGCAUUGUGACAGCCGCGCACAAGUUUAGUCCCCCCUCCACCUUCUCAUCUCAUACCUAACCACUACUACCCACCCCCGGGAUACAUAACGCAAUGUUCACUGUGCGGUGCCUUUCAAGAGGCCUUUCCUUUGCAAGACCUGCUUUCCAGGCCAGGCCUCUUUCGAUUCAAGGAAAUAGGUUCUACUCCACCAACAAGGUCGCUCUCUUCAAGGGAAAUAAGAACCAAAAUGGAAACUAUACUGUAACAUUCAUUGAGGGAGACGGUAUCGGACCUGAGAUUUCCAAGAGCGUUAAAGAUAUUUUUGCUGCAGCCAAGACCCCUAUUGAAUGGGAAUCAGUCGACGUCACUCCGAUUCUCAAGGACGGAAAAACCACGAUUCCCGAUGAAGCAAUUAGCUCUGUGAAGAAGAACUUGGUUGCCCUUAAGGGACCUCUCGCUACUCCUAUCGGUAAAGGGCACGUCUCCUUGAACCUUACUCUUCGUCGUACAUUCAACCUUUUCGCCAAUGUUCGUCCUUGCCGUUCGAUUGCUGGCUAUAAGACCGCCUAUGACGACGUUGACACUAUAUUGAUUCGUGAGAACACUGAGGGGGAGUACUCGGGCAUUGAGCAUGAGGUUGUUGAGGGCGUGGUCCAGUCCAUUAAACUAAUCACACGCGAGGCGUCUGAGAGGGUUCUGAGAUUCGCAUUCCAACAUGCAGAGGCAAUUGGGCAGAAGGAAGUCCGCGCUGUCCACAAGGCGACAAUUAUGAAGAUGUCUGAUGGACUCUUUUUGAGCACUGCAAAAGAGGUCGCGAAGGACUUCCCUCACAUCCGGUUCUCGGCUGAACUGCUAGACAAUAUGACCACCAACCCCAACCUUUAUCGGGAUAUCCUUCUAGUUAUGCCCAACCUCUAUGGAGAUAUUCUUUCCGACAUGUGCGCCGGGUUGAUCGGUGGUCUCGGACUCACUCCUUCCGGUAAUAUCGGAGACGAGUGCUCAAUUUUCGAAGCCGUGCACGGCUCUGCUCCAGACAUUGCUGGCAUGGAUCUUGCCAACCCUACUGCUCUCUUAUUGAGCUCUGUGAUGAUGCUCCAACACAUGGGCUUGAACAGUCAUGCUGAUAAGAUACAGAAGGCGAUUUUUGACACGCUGGCCGAGGGCCGGGCAUUAACGAAGGAUUUGGGUGGUAGCUCCACCAGAUCUCAGUUCACCCAGGCGGUAGUCUCACGACUAUAA